GCGGUAGAAGCGGCUGGGAGUAAGUCAGAGGAAGGAGGAUUGAGAGGGAGGAGGCUUCAUUUGCAGCCAUGCUGAAUCACUGUUGCUGAUCGGAUCUCCUGUUGGUUGGCCGGGAGAAUCGAGAACAGAGCUAGGAUCUCCGGGUGCACGCACAUUUCAGCGGCUGCCACCCUGGCUGGGCCUCGCACAAUGGAGGGUGAAAGCAUCAAGCUGAGCUCCCAGUCCCCAGCUCAGGCUGGGGAUGAUGAGAAGAACCAGAGGAUCAUCACUGUCAACUCUGCCCACAUGGGGAAGGCGUUCAAGGUGAUGAAUGAACUGCGGAGUAAACAGCUGUUGUGUGACGUGAUGAUUGUGGCAGAAGAUGUCGAGAUAGAAGCCCACCGAGUGGUCCUGGCAGCCUGCAGCCCCUACUUCUGUGCGAUGUUCACAGGUGAUAUGUCCGAGAGCAAAGCCAAGAAGAUAGAAAUCAAGGAUGUGGAUGGGAGGACGUUGAAUAAGUUGAUUGACUACAUCUACACGGCAGAAAUCGAGGUGACCGAAGAGAACGUCCAGGUGCUGCUCCCAGCAGCCAGCUUGCUGCAGCUCAUGGACGUUCGGCAGAACUGCUGUGACUUCCUGCAGUCUCAGUUGCAUCCCACCAAUUGCUUGGGCAUCCGUGCGUUUGCCGACGUACACACCUGCACUGACCUUCUGCAGCAGGCCAACGCCUACGCAGAGCAGCACUUUCCAGAGGUGAUGCUGGGGGAAGAAUUUCUUAGCCUCAGUCUGGACCAGGUGUGCAGCUUGAUAUCCAGCGACAAGCUGACCGUUUCUUCAGAGGAGAAGGUAUUUGAAGCAGUGAUUUCAUGGAUCAAUUAUGAGAAGGAAACCCGCUUAGAGCACAUGGCAAAACUGAUGGAACAUGUCCGUCUCCCUCUCUUACCCAGGGAUUACCUGGUCCAGACGGUUGAAGAAGAAGCUUUGAUAAAGAAUAACAACACCUGUAAGGACUUCCUCAUCGAGGCCAUGAAAUACCACCUGCUCCCCCUGGAUCAGAGGCUCUUGAUUAAGAACCCAAGGACUAAACCCAGGACUCCAGUCAGCCUGCCCAAGGUCAUGAUUGUGGUUGGUGGCCAGGCACCCAAGGCGAUCCGCAGCGUGGAAUGCUACGAUUUUGAAGAGGACCGGUGGGACCAGAUAGCUGAGCUUCCCUCCAGGAGAUGCAGAGCAGGUGUGGUGUUCAUGGCCGGUCACGUGUAUGCUGUGGGUGGAUUUAACGGCUCACUGCGCGUGCGGACGGUGGAUGUGUAUGACGGUGUGAAGGACCAGUGGACGUCCAUUGCCAGCAUGCAGGAGCGCCGGAGCACUCUGGGUGCGGCCGUGCUCAAUGACCUGCUCUAUGCCGUGGGGGGCUUUGAUGGCAGUACUGGCCUAGCAUCGGUGGAAGCCUACAGCUACAAGACCAACGAGUGGUUCUUCGUGGCCCCGAUGAACACGCGGCGGAGCAGCGUGGGUGUGGGUGUCGUGGAGGGGAAGCUGUAUGCUGUCGGGGGUUAUGAUGGGGCUUCCCGCCAGUGCCUGAGCACCGUGGAGCAGUACAACCCGGCAACCAAUGAGUGGACAUACGUGGCGGACAUGAGCACCCGCCGCAGUGGCGCAGGGGUCGGGGUCCUCAGUGGACAGCUGUAUGCCACAGGUGGACACGACGGGCCCCUGGUGAGGAAAAGUGUUGAAGUUUAUGACCCUGGAACAAACACCUGGAAGCAGGUGGCGGACAUGAACAUGUGCAGGCGCAAUGCAGGAGUGUGUGCAGUGAAUGGGCUCCUGUAUGUGGUCGGAGGGGACGAUGGAUCCUGCAACUUGGCUUCGGUGGAGUACUACAAUCCUGUCACCGACAAGUGGACGCUGCUGCCAAACAACAUGAGCACAGGGCGGAGCUACGCAGGUGUCGCCGUGAUUCACAAACCCUUGUGACCGCAACUCCCACUGCCAGGAGGUGUGGGAGGGGAGGGUGCUGCCUGUGACUGAAAAGGGCGGUGCCAUGACUGCUGGGGGGCCACUCGCCCCAAGCGUCUGCAGUGGAGCCUGAAGUACUCUCCUCCCCUGGGGCGAUGUGGCAAAGUGCGUCCAACGUGAAGGCUGGUGACCUGCCUCCUCCCUGAGCAGUGGGUUCCUGACAGCUCCAGCACCUUUGGGCUUUUUUUGUGUGUCUCUCUGGGAAUACAUGAGAACCUGGAGUGAGUGAGUGAGUGAGUGAGUGUGUGUGUGUGUGUGUGUGUGUGUGUGUGUGUGUAGAACAUGGUGUUUCACCAAAUUGGGGCAUGUGUGACAACCUACUGGAUUUCUUUACUACUGAUCCUUCUACACUAAAAAUCAAAUCACAGAAACCUCUCUUCUGGAUUUGCCCCGUGGGAACCCUGAGAUGACUAAAGCUGCUGUCUUCUGGAGGCCACGAAUGUCCAGAUGUGACUGGCGAGAGGGGCGUUGUCCUGACCAUGCCCACAUACUGGCCUUGACUACUGGCACUGUCUGCAGAAGAGCCGGGCAUUCUUGAAUGUGCACCGUGUCCUCCGUGUGCUGGAACUGGGAACAGAUAGGCUCCCCAGCUCCCCCCUGGGCUCUCCAGGAAGCAGAUAACUGCCUAAUCCUUGAGCUACUGGUCUCUGAUGUGUGGGUUCAGGUUAGGGAGAGUUUAUGUCUCUUCAGCUGGGAAAACUAGCUCUUCGGAGAAGCCUUGAGUGACACACUGGAGAAAAAAAAAAUCUAUAUAUACAUGAAAAACAAAAACAAACCAAAGUGGUAAGGUAGUUCUUGCCCAAAAUGGUUUCAGAGUGGAUCCUACUUUUGAGUUUUCCUGUGCUGGGCAGUCUCCCAUGUAUACUUGUUGUCUAGGCUUAAUUAUUCACAGCAUCUCAUUUUACUCUCAAAAGUGUUGUGGUUUGGAGGAAAACUGAAGGGUCACCCUACCUCCAAACCCAAAGAUAGUUUUGCCCGUGUUGGAUGGACACAGAUGACUUCAAAAGAGUAUAUAGCAGCUGGGGCUGGCCCUCAGCACCUGAUGGCAGUGGUCAAGUCUGUCCAGUGUCCUCAUCUUCCUUUUCUUGGGUUCUUGGGUUCUUCUCCUCCUCUCCUCCUUGUUUUUUUCUGAGAGGGAGGAGAUGGUGGUAAGUGCCCCAUGAGUGAUCUCUCUCAGGGAUAUUUACAUUUUAAAAGAGGAGCUUGAUAAGAGCUUUGCUAAAUCACAGGUAAAAAGUAAUGGCGGAACUUCAAGCACCUGGAGGGGACAGGUAUUUGGGGGCACCUGGAGUCAUUGUCAUUAAAAAAAAAGGCAAAGAAAUAGAAAGCCUUUCCUAAAGGAGCAAGUCGUUUAUGUUGGAAUUUGUGGCAUAAGGAGGGAAGACCUUGUGUCUGGAGUGUUGUCUCACACUGCGGGGCCUGGAGUUUAACCCUCCCUGAUUUUGGGGUCCACUUACAGGAGUCGAAGGGCUUUAUGAAACCUGAUAGACUUCUGAUAGAACUGGGCUACUUCCAAGCAGAUGCUGCAGGAGACCGGCAUCCCCCCACUCACCCCAGCAGUUAGAAAGCCACUAGCCUCUCUAGCUGGUUGACUGCUUUGUGUAUUUACUGUAUAUGUUUUUGUGCACUAAACACUCAACUCUCUUGACGAAGAGAUGUCUUCUGAUGUUGAGCAGAUGCUAUUUCAGUGAGACACUUGGAGAGCAGCACCAAGGCAUCUGGAAUUUUUAGUGCCUUGGGGAAGAGGCUAAAAUACCCAGCUUUGUUGGGCCUGGAGGAAAUGUCUCUAAAGGAAUCAAAGCAUGCCUUCAGUUGGGUGCUGUGUUCUCAGCUGGCCCUGGAGAUGACUAUAAUUUCAAAGCCCUACCUGGCUCUGGCUUGGAAGCUGAUGGAAUGAGCGUUUUGUUACAAAUGUUCUUCCUCUUUAUCAGAGGAAGGUCUGGGGCUUCGUUUUGGGGUGUGGCAGGGAUGAGGUUGGGGGUUGGGGUCCAAAAUGUGCUAUUCACAUAGCUCCUGAUUUCAGAUUAAAGGUGAAUUUCCCACCCCGUUUUCCAACACCCGGGAGCAGGACUUCCAUGCUUUUGUGGGGGACAUUACGCUUUUCAUCUUCCCUGAGAGCCAGCCAACCUAUUUUCUGCUUUUGGAGUUUUGUUCUCCGUUUCACCUCCUGUCUCCGUCCCCGGAAGCACUGCCCCCUGCUGGUAGUAGGGCUGAGGCCAUGUUCCUUUCACCCUCACGUGUCCUUUCUCACGGGGACUAGAAUGCUGGUACGUCACCACCAAAAAGCCAGUCUGUUCUGGCUGCCCACAGAUGCAGUUUAAAACCUGCUGUCUCUUUAUCGCCAGGUACGAUUCUCUCUCUUAGUGGACACAGCAAACUUGUUUACAAGUCUUUGCUGGUCACGUGGUAGGCGAACCCUUCACGCCCGCAUUGGGAUGGCCACCACCUGCUUGUGAAUGCAGCUGUGCUGCUGGUGUAUCUGAAAGCUGAUCACAGUAAUGAAAUGGAAUUGGCGGCCCAAGGUUAGAAGCAGGUUAGACGCCACUGGGAUACUGAUUUGGACAACAUGGAAGUCAGACUCUGAAUUCCAAAGUUCUUUCUCUUAAGUACCUAAUGGCAUCUCUCCUUCUAAAAAGUUACAGUAUUAUGCAAAUGACAGUGACCUCAUUUUCUGCUAUGCAAUAAGAAUAGUUAAUUCUAUUUCAUGACAAACCAGUUGCAAUAUCCCCCAGUAUGAUUUUUGAGCUGUCUUACUUUCAUAUCUGUUGUGAAUUAUUUGUAUAUUCCUGAGCCAGAGCCUUUCAAAGAUUGCCUUUUUAUAAAAUUGAAGGUAAAGCUUUCAGACUAAAAUUUUAAUGUAGAUAUUUUUAUAAGAUAAUUUUUUAGGAUAUUUGAAUUGAUUUUUAUUAUCCAUGAUGAUGAACUGUUCUGUUCCGUAAAUCAUUCACUCUCAAAGUUCAUGCCUGUAGCUCUUUCCCCUUUUUCUCACUCUCCAAAAACUGAUUUUUUAGUGGUUCCACAGAGAUGAGUUUCUUUGACUUUGAGUCCUCUUUCUCAGACCAUAUUCAAGGGAGAGUGCUGGAAACCGCAAUCACUGGUGUUGAAUUGCUUAGGGAAUAAUGUUUAGCCUGACUCAGCUACUAGUCAUCUAGGUUACCUGUCCACUUUUUUUGGAGUCGGCUCUCUCUGCAGGGGUGAGGCUGGUUGGCCCAUCUCCUGAUGGCAGUCACUGCCUGGCACUAAGCUGGGCACACUGUGGCAUGGAGAAGCUCCAGAGAAAGGCUUGCCCUUCAGCACACACUCCUGGGGGUUUCCUAGGCCCAGCAAACUAGUCCUCGUUUUUUUGAAGCUUCCACCAGCUACAGACCUUUGUUGCUGGAUGAUGUCCCUUUUGGAAGUACCUUGUCUGUGAACUUUAAAAGAUGGGUCACUCUUCAUGAUCCCUAAGGAUAUGUUAAGCAUGUGCUUUACAGAUGCUCACACUACACCAAAAACUUGUUUUUUGAGCUGUGUCUGUACUCCAGGCUCGAUUUUGUGUCUUUAUCUGCCAUUAGCCUCAUUGAAAAAAAAAACCCUUUAUUUUUAUUAUUGGACAGGUGCCAUUUGAAUUGCCUCCAUGCUCCCCCUUUGCACCUUGUUGGAUCAGGUUGGGAGGUUGAGCAAACUCAUAGUCCAAGCUGGAGUUUUUAAGAAGCAAGGAGGUUGGAAUGUUUUUUUUUUUUAAGUGUUUGCACUAUUUAGAGUCCUAAGCCCCUCCUGUUCUGUUGUGCUCUGUGUGCUGUGUGACCAAACAGGUGAGCCGGCAGCACUUUAGACAUUAGGGAAUGGAAGAGACUUCUUCCAGAGUGGAUAAUCACAACCUCAUAGCCCCUGCAUAGCCUUUGUCAUGGGGCUAGGUGACGUGUAGGUGUGACAUCUACCCAGGCAGAAAUGCAUGUGACUCUGGCAUUUGAAGAAACAAAUUGCCUUAGUACUAUGUUCUUGCCUCUGCUUGAGAUUGAAAAUUAUUUUCCCCCCUUUUCAGUGGCAAUAAAGGACCGUUGUUGGACUUCUUAAUUUGUAUAUGGUGUAUGAACUACUUUGAAAGAAGACUCAAGACACUGUAUGUGUAUGUCUGUGUUGGUACUCUGUCCAUGUGGUUGUCCAAAGGCAGGCUGACUUGAUGACUGACAUCCUGUUAACGCAUUGUAUCGGUAGGGUCCUUGCUCUGGUAUUUUCCACUUUGAUGCUAGAGACCAUAUAUCCUGUAAAAGAGUGCUCAUCAUAUGCUCCGUCGGUUGCAGUGAUAGCUGAGGAAACUUUACUCAAAUGUAUUAUUUUAACAGGAAAUCAAGUUCUAGUUUCCCAUACUUCAUGUGACUUUAAUUUUAAUAAAAGCUGAACUGUGAAAACGUU